AUGCCGAUCACUUCCAUCCUGGAGAAGCGUAAUGGUGUGGUGGUGGGAGCCGAGCUGACCUGCAGCGUACGGGAGGAUAACAAGGCUCAGAGAGAGACCUACAGCGCUGACUGGAACAGCAUCAGUCAAAAAACUCAGCCUCAAGAAAGGCAGACGAUGGACAUGAAUGACAGAUCUCGCAGGGAGACUCUGUCCCGGCAGUGGCAGGCCCGAUCCCUGACACAGAUUUGCCCCUCGGGGGUCUUCAGAGUGGGCACCGUGGAAAUAGGGGUGAGGGAGCACCAGCUGCUGCCCAAGAGAAACACCCUCCCCUUGCCCAUUUUCGUCCCGGCAGAGCUGGGCAUCAGGCUGGGACGCGGAGCCCCACACACGGAGGAGGACCUGCAGCCCCUCCCCAAACCAGACGGAGCCUGUCCCGGCAAGAGGACUGUGGACGAAAUCACAAGAGAUCUGCCCCCAGUCAAGCCCACCCUCAUGGAGUUCUCCAAGGCGCCCAAAGCCCUGGGUCGCUCCAUGUCCGUGGAGACUCAGAGAGGGUGA